CGUGUUCAAAUAGAGAGAUGUCGAGCAGCUAUUCGGUGAUAUCAAGAAGUGGUAUUUCCUUUUCUACCCUCCCGUCGUCGUCUUCUUCUUCAUCCCUUCAACCCAACCGAAUCUGCUUUCCGACCCGGAACAGAAGGGGAGUGAUCCGGGCCGCCAUUAACAACGGUAAUGUAAGUUCGGUAUCGAUCCCGAGUUUCUACGAGCUUUUAGGCAUAUCGGAGAAAUGUAAUUCCGUAGAGAUAAAACAAGCGUACAAGCAAUUAGCGAGAAAGUAUCAUCCUGAUGUAUCGCCGGCGGAUCGGGUUGAGGAAUAUACGGAGCGAUUUAUUCGGGUACAUGAAGCUUAUGAGACGCUUUCGGAUCCUGGCAUGAGGGCUAUGUAUGAUUGUGAUAUGAUGAGAGGGAUUCACUUGUCUUUCUCUUCAAGAAACCGUUGUCAGUCUGAUGAGGGUAUGAUGAAUAACAACAGGGAAUGGAGGAAUCGAUGGCAGAUGCAAUUAUGGGAGAUGGGUAUGAGAAGAAACGUGCGUAGGAAGGAGGAGGAAGAAGAGAGGUCUGAGAAUUUGACAUGGGGAGCGAGAAUGAGAAGGCAGAGGGAGGAAUGA